AUGGCAGUCGGAACCCUCUCCCUCUUCUACCCUGUCAUCCUCCCGCUCUCAACAGCAGGCCUCCUCUAUGGCGUCCACCGCCUGAUGUAUGUCGACUGGGCCGCCUGGGCCACCGAUUUCUUUACGGGACCGGGCAGCAUUAGCCGCAUUCUGUUGGUGGUUUAUAUGGGGUUGAGCUGGAAGAACUUUCCGUUUAUGUGGCAUAUCCGCGUCUUCCACGCCUUCCUCCUCCAUCUCCUCCGCCGCCCUCCCACGCCCCUCACCCCUCGCUCUUUAUUCCACCCCUCCAUAACCUCCUCCUACACCUCCCCCUUGGAAACCGAUUACAACCUGCACAAGUCCAACUCGACCUACUUCGCCGACCUCGACGUCUCUCGUUCGCACUUGGUCACCCACUUGCUGGGUCCCGCCAUGUCCGUUGUCGGCGAUAAUGCCAAGAACAAGCUUGUUAUUGACCCUGCCGGAAACGUAGUCAAGGGUGGUUUUGGUAUCGGUUUGGGCGCCGUGUUCUGUUCUUUUAGACGCGAAAUCCCGCCUAUGAAGGGAUACGAGAUGUGGAGUCGUAUUCUGUCUUGGGAUCGCAAGUGGUUGUAUAUCGUCACCCAUUACGUCGUCAAGGGCAAGGUCAAGCCUACCAGCUGGGAUGGCAAGAAGUUCGGCCCUACCCGCCCCAAGCUCGUCAGGACCGAGGACGGAAAGGAGGUCGACGAGAAGGAUUUCACAAAGUACGUCUAUGCCACCGCCAUCAGCAAGUACGUCUUCAAGCUCGGUCGCUUCACUGUCCACCCCUCUAUCGUCAUCGAGGCCAACGGCUUGCUUCCUGAGCGUCCUGGUGAGGGAUGGCGUGGCGGCGAGACCGGCACCGGUACCCCCGAAGAUCUUGGUGAGAUCAACGAGAACAGUGAGUGGGACUGGAAGCGUGUCGAGUACGAGCGCAGAAAGGGCAUGGAGUAUGCUCAGCACUUUGCUGCCUUGGAUGGCGUCAACUCCUUGUUCGACGGCGGCGAGGAUGGUGCCAUUGGCAAGUUCCAUCUCGGCUAA